AUGAAUACCAGAUGAUGGACAGAGUCCAAAAUAAGCCUAAUAGUUGUGUACAGCAUACACCAUCGUCAGAAUCGUUUCAAGUCCAUCAGGUUUUGAAAAGUGAAUUGAGUGCAAUUCGAUGUGCUUGUUCUUCUGUGGAGGAAGGUUAUGAACCUAAAGUGACAUUCCUGGUGGUGGUGAAAGGUCACCACACCCGAUUCUUUCCAAGAGAUGAGGAUGCAGAAGGGGAAAAUAGGAAUGUUCCAGUUGGUACUGUGGUUGAUCGUGAAAUUACUCACCCAACUGAAGUGCAAUUUUAUCUGCUUUCCCAGGAUGUUAGCAGACCCACCAAAUAUCAUUUGUUAUGGAAUGAUAGUGAUGAUAUGACACAAGAUGAAAUUGAAGAAAUUACGUACUACUUAUGUCAUGUGGCCUCACGUGCCUCACUCAGUACAUCCUACCCAGCCCCUACAUAUUACGCACAUCUUGCUGCAUAUAGGUACCGUUCGUUCUUCGAUGGAAGAGAAGUGAAGCUGUCUGAUCUACCAAUGGAGGAAAGGAAACGUUCUUUUGAGACUGAUUUUAUUUCAGACUAUCCCACAUUUCGCCAAAAAAAGACAGAGGAACUCCUGUGAUUACCAUGAAGGGUGUGUGGGGACCAGAAUCAAUUUUGAGCGGUAUCAAGUUGACUCAAUGGAUUAUUCUAAAUUUAGACAUAAAGACAACAGAUGAUGAUUUGAGUGAGUUUGAAGUUGAAAUGCAAAAAAUUGGAAGAAGUUUUGGAAUGGACAUUGGGCCUCCCUUGCCCCGAAACAAUAUGUUUCCUCCUACAACGAAUACCAGUGACCUGAUGGAAUUCUUUAAAAAUGAAGAAUGAAGUUCAGCUCGUUGUUGUGGUUAUUCCCAAAAAAGGACUUUGCUAUGGUAAGGGACUCAGCGCUUAGAAAGAUACAUUAUGUUUUUAAUUUUCAUCAUUUUGGAGUAGGGGAUUAUAAAUUCCCUGAUACUACAGGGCUAGAGGUGAGGUCCUAACUCAGGAAUAGCAGCAUUAUCAUUGAAAAAAUGCAUAUCUUGGCCAGUUGAACCAUAUGGACGCAACAUGAAUGUU